AUGAAGCUUUGUCAGUCCAUCAUGGACAUGGAUAUGCCAGAUUAUGUCGACUCCUUGGACUCCUCUUAUACCAUGCUGGAAUUUGACAACCUUCGGGUGCUCCCCAAUAACACCGAGGUGUCUAACGGUCCCUGUUCUCUGCCGGCAGAGGCCAUCGCAGCUGAAUCGGCAAACACCAACCUGCUCACCAACGGCAUCGGCUCCCUCUGCUCCAUCUGUGGGGACCGGGCGACCGGCAAACACUACGGGGCAUCCAGCUGCGAUGGCUGCAAAGGCUUCUUCAGGAGGAGCGUCCGCAAGAACCAUGUCUAUUCCUGCAGGUACCUCAGACAGUGUGUGAUAGACAAAGACAAGAGGAACCAGUGCAGGUACUGCAGGCUGAAGAAGUGCUUCAGAGCUGGCAUGAAGAAAGAAGCGGUGCAGAACGAGCGCGACAGGAUCAGCAUUCGCAGGAGCAGCUACGAGGACAACGGCUCACUCUCCAUCAACGUGCUCACUCAGGCCGAGGCCAUGGCACAGCAG